AUGCAUCUGAAGCCUUCACGUCCUCCACUUCAUUAUGGAAUCUUCAGCCAGGUGUUUUUCAUUGAGGGCAGAAUCAUUCGGAAAUUUCCUGAAGAGUCUACAUACCCAGAAGACCCUACCAUCACGGUCCGAAAUGAAAAAGUGGCGUAUAGGCAAAUAGGAAAUCACGCUCGCAUCGCGCAAUGGAUCCCAGACGAUGCCGAUGAGUAUAUUGACCUCGUCUUCUACCCGGACGGCAAUAUGACAGACUACCUCGAUCGAUACAAAGACGAGAUCCCACAUCAUCUAGUGGUUCGAUGGGGACUACAAAUCAUCGAAGCAAUCACUGUGAUCCACGCAAGAGAGAUUAUUCAUUCAGAUCUCAAUCUCAAACAGGUCUGCUUGACGAAGAUCUUAAUGCCCGUCUUUCUGAUUUCAAUGCGUCGUCUUGCCUGGGGCAGCCGACGCUUGGGUUUGAAAAGCCAACUUAUUUCCUAUAGAUCAUAA